GCCCGGGGUCCGAGCGUAACAGGAGACAGAAACCUCACUGGUGUGAACCGGAUGACCCGUUAAUGGAAUCCUGGGACUCGUUAACGAAGUUUAAUCAGUGUCAGCGCGGGCGGAUCUCCAACAUGGGGCUGGAGGGAGAUAUUUUCGACGAGUUUGUUCAGCGCCAGUCCCGUCCGACACCCGUUGUCCACCGACGCCCCUCUGCUCCGGCGCUCCCUGAUUCUGACGACCACGAAGACGAUCCUCGCGACGAGGACUUCGAGAUCCCGGUUCUCCCGCAGGGUCGCCACCUCGUCAUUAACAUCCUGUCCACGGGGGGCGAACCGUCACUAUCGGGCCUCAACGGCAUCGAGAUCUUUUCCUCCAGCGGUGAGCCGGUCCCACAAACGGUCCACAUCACGGCCGACCCGCCUGACAUCAAUAUCCUGCCGGCCUACGGGAAAGACCCGCGCGUCGUUACUAACCUGAUAGACGGAGUACACCGGACGCAGGACGACAUGACCUCUGGGCUGGCCCCGUUCACACCGGGUCGCAAACACAUCAUCAGCAUGGAUCUGGGUGAGAGAUGCUGCCUGGCGAUGAUCCGUGUCUGGAACUACAACAAGUCCAGGAUCCACUCGUUCAGAGGGAGCGAUGGAGAAAUGGAAAUGAUCCUCGACGGCCGUUGUGUCUUCCGAGGGGAGAUCGCCAAAGCUUCAGGAACGCUCUCAGGAGAAUUGGAUCAGUUCGGCGAUACCAUCCUGUUCACCACGGAUGAUGACAUCCUGGAGGCCAUGGCGCAGUUUGAUGACACGUUCAGGGGUGAGAUGGAGAAGGGCGGGCCGGGCGAGGAGGAAGAGGAGCUGCAGCGGCCGCGGACGGCUGACGGUGAAGGAGAGGAGAGACCGUUCACACAAGCCGGCUUCAGGAAGGAGGACACGCUCAGCCACAUGGAUCUGGAGCACAUCGCUGCAGCUGGAGAGGAAACAACGGGACUUUACACUGGCAGCACUCUGCAGCUGAAUCUGCUGUCGUCGUGGGGUGACCCUCACUAGGGGACUGACGGGGUGUUAGAGGUCGUUGGUAAGGGCGGUCAGAGUAUUCCUGUUGAUGUCUCUAUAGCCACAGCGUCACCCCGUGACCUCAACGACCUUCCUGAGUACAGCAGCGACCUUCGAACUCUGGACAAGUUGUUUGAUGGGAUGAACAUCACCACAGAUGAUAAACACAUGUGGCUGAUUCCCUUCACGUCCGGUUCUGAUCACACACUCACCGUGAGGUUCGCUCAGCCGCAGACGAUCGCCGGAUUCAGAAUAUGGAACUACAACAAAUCGCCUGAAGACUCUUACAGAGGGGUGAAGGUUAUGCACUUGUUCCUGGACGGUGCGUGUAUUUCUCCACUCGGGGGGUUUCUCAUUCGCAAGGGUCCGGGGAAUUGCCACUUUGACUUUGCACAGGAGAUUCUGUUCAUAGACUACCUACAGUCCGCCCUUAACAGAUCGCUCACUACAACCGGCAAGAACACAGAGGACACGCACGCUCACUGGGGUGGGAACCGGAGAGAUGAGUUGGCCAGUAUGGACUAUGAGGCUCCGUUGAUGCCAUGCGGAUUUAUCUUCCAGCUGCAGUUGUUGACGACGUGGGGCGACCCGUACUACAUCGGCCUUAAUGGACUGGAGUUCUAUGACCAGAACGACCAGAAGAUCCCGCUCAGUGACAACAACAUCGCUGCGUUCCCUGACAGCGUGAAUGUGCUGGAUAACGUGUGUGGUGACGUCCGCACACCUGAUAAACUGAUAGAUGGGGUCAAUAACACGCACGACGGGCAACACAUGUGGCUCGCACCGGUGCUGCCUGGACUGGUGAACCGUGUCUAUGUCAUCUUUGACCAGCCGAUGACGGUUUCCAUGAUUAAAUUAUGGAAUUAUUCCAAAACACCUCAGCGAGGAGUCAAAGAAUUUGGGCUCUUAGUCGAUGACCUGUUAGUGUAUAACGGGGUUUUAGAGUGUGUGAAGAACGUUUCGCGGGGAAUUCUGCCAACGCUGGAUCCCGUCGUUCCUUACCACACCAUACUGUUCACAGACAACACGCAAAUCACACACCGAGAGAAGAGCACAAUCAUCAGGUACACACACUACAUGUAAUAUUUCUGUGCUGCAACUUUUUUUUUUUUUUUUUUUUUUUUUACAGAAAUGUGGGUUUCUCUAUUCUUGCAUCAGACUGUUUUUAAAAUUGCACUAAUUAAACACCCACAUAAAUGCAUUAAACACACCCAGAGCGGAAUGUGAGCACUCAGUGCCAAACCCAGACCACACACACACACACACACUGCUGUUGACUGACUAAUUGUUUGGCCUGAUCGCUCUCUCUUACGCCCUGGGCAUGAUG